AUGGAGAAGGAUCAGGGUGUGUCCUGUAAGGCAGGACCUGGCCAGCUCCUCAAAAAGAGGCAGAAAAGGGUGUCACAUUGCUUGAGCAGAAGAACGUUUUUUGGGUACCCUCAGACUAAAGCAGGUUCUGGCCUGGCCCGGGACACUAAAGGUGUUUGUUUGAGGUUCUGCAGACCACGAAGUUCUACAGCAGCUGCUGACACAUCUGGAGAAGACACCUUACUCAAGUGGGGCCUUUUCCUGGUCCCUCUGACUGCCUUCUGUCUUGGCACCUGGCAGGUUCGGCGCCGAAAGUGGAAAUUAGAUUUGAUUGCACAACUGGCAUCAAGAAUCACAUCAGAGCCCAUCCCUCUGACAUUAGACCCCAUAGAACUGAGGGAACUGGAGUACAGACCUGUCAGGGUCCGAGGGCAUUUUGACCACUCCAAGGAGCUCUACAUUUUGCCACGGUCACUGGUGGACCCCGAGCGAGAAGCCAGAGAAGCUGGGAGGCUGACAUCCCACCCAGAGCACGGGGCAAAUGUCAUCACUCCUUUCUACUGCACGGAGCUGGGGGUCACCAUUUUAGUCAACCGAGGAUUUGUGCCCAAGAAGAAGCUGAAUCCAGAGACCCGGCUGAAGGGACAGAUUGAAGAUGAAAUUGACCUGACAGGGGUGGUGAGGUUAUCAGAAACCCGGAAACCUUUUGUGCCUGAAAACAACAUUGAGCAAAACCGCUGGCACUACCGUGACCUGGAGGCCAUGGCCAAGGUGACGGGGGCUGAGCCCGUCUUCCUCGAUGCAGAUUUCAGGAGCACAGUCCCAGGGGGGCCCAUCGGAGGGCAGACAAGAGUGAGCCUGAGGAACGAGCACAUGCAGUACAUCAUCACCUGGUAUGGCCUGUGUGCUGCAACUUCAUUCUUGUGGUACAGAAAAUUUAUACAGAAGAUACCCCUGUGAGGGGAA